AUGGACGCAAAGCAAGAUAGGAAGAUAUUCGUGGGUGGGAUAACGAGGGAGGUUGAUGAAGAUAUCUUGGAGGAACACUUUAGCAGAUAUGGGAUUGUAGAAGAGUGUGUGAUCGUCCUGGAUAAGAUCACUCGUCAACCUAGAGAGUUUGGUUUUGUUACCUUCGUUGAAGCGUCUGUGGCUAAGAGUGUGUUAGAAGAAAGUCACUCAAUCUGUGGUGAAAAGAUCGAUGUAAGACCGUCGGAACCAAAACGCCAGAGAAAACAAUUUAAUCAAGAAGGGCAACAUGUUCAACAAAUCAAUCAAAAAGAGCACCAUGAUCAACAUCAAGGUUACAUCCCUAGAAAGAUUUUUGUAGGGGGUUUACCUCGUGAUCUAACCGAAGAUGAAUUCAAAGACUAUUUUGCUGAGUUUGGUGCAAUUGAGGAUGGAGUCAUAAUACAUUUCAAGGACAGCAACACACCGAAAGGUUUCGGAUUCAUUACUUUUAAAUCAGAUGAUUCUGUUGUGGAUGUCUUGCAUAAACAGGAGAACAAGUUUCAUGAACUGAAAGAUAAGCAGGUGGAGGUAAUGAGGGCUCGUCCCGAAGUUAAAAGGAACAGGCAUGGAUUGUGGAGAUGGCUUCCUCGCGACGAUCUUGCUUUCGGGCUUGAUCAGUUUAUUUGCUAUAAUUGUGGAGGUGCUUAUGGUUAUGGACACCAUCAAGGGUGCAUGUAUUGGCCAAAUCCUUUUAUUGGAGUGUGGAAUAUCAUUAGGGUUAUUCCCACCAAUUGGAUUGGUGGUGAAUUAGUUGAUCAAAGUGCUUGGGAUGGUUAUGAUUCUCAACUUACUCAUGUAACUCAUUCAAGAGUUGCUGAACUUGCAUAA